GAGCUUAAUAAUAAUAUUAAUAAGGGUUUGCCUCUGGGACUUUCGAUCAUUUACAUUCCUAUGUUGACAGACAAGAGACAAUAAAAAGAGACAGUAAAAUAUAAUGGCAAGAGCACAACUGUAUGAGUGUUUUGUAAUGCCUGGAUUUAACCAAUACACUAAACCACAAUCCAUCACUCUCAUCCUUCCUGCCCAGUUCUGAAUUUUUUACUCUCAAACUUUUUUGAAAUCAUUCUUUAAUCUCUUCUUGCAUUUUGGUAUUCUGACUGAAGAAGGAGAGACUGAGAACAGAAGUUCAAAGGCUUUUCAUGGAGUCCUAACCUGUAGAGAGGGAUCUCCUGAGCUCAAAAUAAACCGUGUUCCUUUUCAUAGCAGAGAAUCAGAAAAGAAAAAAAAGAAAAAAACCUCAACCCAAAUCAAGAUGGGCUGUAACAUGUGUGUGGUAAACCGGCCUGAGGAGCAGUACAGGAUCAUGUUUCAGAAGGGCAACAUGAUGCGUCCCAUUGAUGCCGAAAUAAAGCUUAAAGGAAGAAGAACAUCUCACCUAACUCAAGAUAAGGAUGGCCAUUCCCAUGAUCCCCUGCUGCUUCAAGUGGUCCGGAAGGGACACAGGAGGAAAGCAGGAACUGCAACAGGAAGUGCAAGACUUAUGGCCAUCACUGAUUGCGUGGACAACUCUACACAGACAGACAUCAGCUUCCAGAACUUUCUGGGUGCUGCUCAAGGGAGCUACACUGGCUGCAGCUCUCCGAAGCCUCCUCCAUCUCCUCCACUGCCCCCAAUGGUGGAGUCAUAUAUCCUGAAUGACCUCACUCUGGAGCAUGAUUCUGCUGAUCCCAAUGACUACCUUGAUGUUACUAACCAUGAAGUGGAUCGACAAGAGGAGCUGGAAUACGAGGAAGUAGAGCUUUAUAAGUCCAGUCAGCAGGAUAAGCUUGGCUUGACAGUGUGCUACCGCACCGAUGAUGAAGAGGACCAGGGUAUCUACGUAGGGGAGGUCAAUCCAAACAGUAUAGCUGCCAAAGAUGGACGCAUCCGCAAGGGUGACAGAAUAUUACAGAUAAAUGGAGUGGAUGUCCAGAACAGAGAAGAAGCAGUGGCCAUCCUUACCCGAGAAGACAGCACAAAUUUUUCACUGCUACUGGCCAGACCAGAGAUGGAGAUGGAAACUCAAAUGGAUCCCGAGGACUUGGAUUUUGAGUUACCAGUAGGCAUGAGUGUGGACACACUGAACAGCUCACACUUAUCCAAUCUAUACCAUCAUCGGCAGCAAAGAGUCCAGGUGGGCAUUCAUGAGGUCCCACUACAAAGUGAAGCACCCUUACUAAGCAUGGCUACCCUUAAUAACAGCCAGGAGCUGGACAGCGGUGUGGGCCGAACAGACGAGAGCACCAAGAACGAGGAAUCGUCUGAGCACGAUAUACUUCUGGGUGAGGAACAGACCAGUGCCUCCAAUACCAACACCACUAACACACCACACAGCCUCCGCAAGUUCAGGCCUGGCUGGGGCAGUGGAGGUGGAGGUGAUACUCCAUCACCAUUACUCCAUAUCAGAGAACUCCAAUUCAGCGCAGACUCUCUGGAUUGUGGCGGUGCAGGAGGAGGAUACAUUCAUGACCCAGUGACCACAAUGAUGCCCGGCCUGACUGAAGAGGAGUGUGAGAGAUACCGGGAGUUGCUAGAGAUCAAGUGUCGUUAUGAAAGAAAUAUGAAGAAUGGCACGGAAGGCAAAAGCCCUGAUGAAGAAGUGAAGAGGGAAAGAGAAGGGGAGGAUGAGGAGGAAGAAGAGAAAGAGGUGUCUCUGGAUGAAAACUCUAAUGAGAGCCUGACACCACAUGAGAUGGCACUUUUGGAGGAGGAGCUACGGCACCUUGAAUUCAAGUGUCGUAACAUUCUACGAGCGCAGAAAAUGCAGCAGUUACGUGAGCGCUGCCUAAAGGCUUGGUUGUUGGAGGAGGAGGCUUCAGCGAGGGUGUCUACUGACCUACAGGGUUCCCCACACCAUGAGCUGUCAGAUAUUAAAGAACUUCCUGAGAGAGAGCGAUCAGACAAGGACACCAGUAGUGCUUAUAACACUGGAGGAGAAAGCUGCAGGAGCACACCUUUGGUCAGUGAUCACCUUUCUCCUGUUGCUCAGGUAGAUGAGUCUGGCUCUCCUUUGCAGGUAAGGCACAGAGACCGACCCAGCUGGAGUGAAAGGGGCCGUGGUACUCUGAAUUAUUCACCCAGUAGCUACAAGAAAUUCCACAUGAACACCAAUAUCAACCAGAAGUACCACUCUCUGUCUCGAGAAGGGACCACUCGUUCAUUAGCAGAUGGCGGAACACAGGGCAGGAGCUCAAGAGCCAGCAGCAUUCAUGAAAGAACUGGCGGUCGUAGUGCUGAAUCUAGUCCAUACUUUACCCGAAGACAUCACUCUAACCGACCUAAGCCUGAGCACUACCAGAGCUGCAUGCAGCUAGGCUCUUCAUUCACAGACUCGACUAUGGAUAGAACUGUGGAAGGGGAAAGCGAGGCUCCAGUUGGCAGUAGUGGCCGAGCAAGCCCCAUGAGCUUAGCAAACAGCACUCUUAGCCCCAUGCUUCAAACCAGCCCAGCAAAACACUCCUUAGAUUUGCCUUUGCCACUCUCACCUGCCUCACCACGCAUGGAAUGGAAGGUGAAAAUCCGUAGCGAUGGCACACGCUAUGUAGUAAAACGACCUGUCCGUGAUCGCCUACUGAAGGCCCGUGCCAUAAAGAUAUGCGAGGAACGAAGCGGCAUGACCACUGACGAUGAUGCUGUAAGCGAAAUGAAAAUGGGGCGGUACUGGAGCAAAGAGGAGCGCAAGCAACAGUUGCUGAGGGCCCGCGAACAACGUAGACGACGUGAGUUUAUGAUGCAAUGUCGACUAGAUUAUCUCCGUAAUCGAGACCAAGACCCAGGGAAGGAUGGCCAGCAGGAAGCUGGGCAGGCCCCUGCGUCAAUUCUAGAGAUAAGCCAAAAGAAGAGUUCAAAGAAGCGCAACCGUCGCAUCUUGGACAACUGGAUCACCAUCCAAGAGCUGCUGGCUCAUGGUUCUCGCUCUCCAGAUGGGACAAGAGUCUACAACCAUCUUCUGUCUGUCACUACUGUCUAAGAGAAAAGCACACAAAAAGCUUGAACAAUCUCACAAAUUUAUAUGUAGCACAUCGCCUUGACAUGAAAGUAGCAUCAAAGUAACAAGCACAAUUUUUGCAUUGCAUCUCUGGUGCUUAAAGUCAUUGAUUUGGGGUGAAUGUGCUUAUUUCUCCUAACAGAUGCUCUGUUUUUACCAUCUAGCUGUCUGGCUAUUUUACAGAUUUGAUCACUUACUUAAUCCAAGUGUUGAGCCUUAUGAUGUUUUGCUUUCUUUAGUGAUUCUUAUAUAUACUUAGUCAGUAAUCUGGAUCAUGUCGUUACCAUUUAUUAAAAAAUGCUUUAUUUAAGCAUGGUAAUGAUGAUACAGUAUAUCUUAAUUGGAACUAAGCCACCUUCACUAAGCUGCAACUCCACCCUCAAAACAAACUGCAAAGUGGUAAAACAUGCAGGAUCAGCUUCAAACAUUUAUAACAGUGGACAUGCUGUAAAAAAGCUUAGCCGUAUUUUAUUCCACAUGAAGACAAAUUGUAACAAAUACUUGUAGCAACUAGACAUUUGUUUAUGUUCUUGUUUUAGUCAAGUUAAAUGUAUUGCUAUGAAGAAAUCUGGAAUCUAGACACAUUAGUUUCAUCGGGUGCUUCUAAAAGCUUUUUUCAAACCCCAGCACAAAUUUUAUGACAGCACAUGAAUGAAUAGCCAGGCACAGAAGCCGUACCCGUGUGCAUUCUACAUACUGUGUACUCUCACAAGUAAACUACUCAGAUGAAGUAACUCCUGGAGCUAGACUGAUGUUUUGACAAAUGUUCAUGAUUCUCAUCGACAAAGCUAGGUCACAAUAGAAAAGUGCAAAAAAAAAACAAACUGACAAACCACACAGCAAGAAAAAUCUAAAUUCAUUCCAUGUUUCAUGUCAUUAUCGAGGCCAUUACAAAAUGGGGCUGCUUAAUACUGUAACUGCAGAAUCCUAUAAUGGUUAUUUAACUACUCCGUGCUGAUACAAUCAUGAAGCCUAAUUUCAAGCACAGUUCUCCCAUCAAAAACCUAUAAUAUGAAAAGGAGUACGUGCCACUUUUUACCAGAGACUACAUUUUAGAAACACUGAGGCUGAAGAGACAACAUGGUGCUAAAUAGUCACGGUGCAUGUUGAAAAAAUACAGCCUACACCCUAUACACCAGGAAAAGGUGAAUGUGCAUGAAAACACGAAGACUAGGAUUUUCUAUGGACACAAUAAAAGUGACGCCUGGUUUUUUGUUCAUUGGAAGUAAGAUUACAACAAUAUGGACAAACUCUCCUACUGUUCUUACAUUGCUACACAUCGUGACUGUGGUAUGCCUCGCAAUAUGUUUAGGACACUAACGAAACCAUAAUGUAACUUCUUCAUCACUUACAUGGAAUCGGUUGCCGUGAUUCUUCCUCCAUAAGCAGAAUGGGAAUAUUGGUUAAGAUAAUCACAGCACACAAAUAAAAAGAAAAAAGUAAUUAUUAGAAUCAUUUAAAUAUGAGUAAUAUUGUCUGUUAAAUCAGUACAGAGAGGGGAAAGAUAAUUUUAAAGAUGUGAUACACUGUGAGUAAUAUUGUAUACCCACUGGCCACUUUAUUAGGAAUACAAAUACAAGUGUUUCUUCAUGCAAUUAUUCAAUCAGCCAACUGUGUAGCAGCAGUACACGGAUGCAUCAAAUAAUGCAAAUACAGUAUAAGAGCUUCUCACAGCAACUGCAUGAAUAAGGGAAAAAGAGUUUGGCAUCGAUAUUUGUGCCAGAUGGCCUGGUCGGAGUAUUUUUAGAAAGUCCUGAGAUUUUCCCCACACAUCCAUCUUUGGAUUUGACAUUGUAUGGUGGAAAAAAAAACAUCUAAGCAGAUGUUCUGUAGGUGAAAAUGCCGUGCUGAUGAAACAGGUAAGAGGGGAAUAAAGCACAGCACACUAAAUCCAGAAAUGGAUGAGCUGUAACAGCAGAAAAACAUUCCACAUGUGUAAGCCAAGAACAGGAACCUGAGGGGUAGCGGUUCACUUCACACAAGCUGUUCCAGUGUGGUCUUCUGCUGUGGUAUCAAAGUUUGUAAAAUGUUUUAUGCAUUCUGAGAUGUUUUUUUUUUGCUCAUCAGGAUCAUAAGUAGCAGUUAUUUUAAGUCAGUGUCUUUUUUUAGAUGUUUGAUGUGAACAUUAACCUGAAUCAUCAUGAUUUUCUGCAUUGUGCUGCUGCCUUAUCAUUCGCUGACUGAAUAAAAGCAUGGAUGUGCAGGUGUACAAGUGUUCUCCUAAUAAAUUGACCAAUGAGUGAAUAUUGUUCAGCUCUAAAUGGAAGGUUCUGAGAAUAGGUGUCAUGUUGUCUAAUAUCUAGAGCAAACAUGACCAGCUGCAACAGCUAAUGCACAAGACCAAAAAAAAGCCAAAUCUUUAACUAGCUGAAUGAUGCCCUGCCGAGUGAUCGCCUGAACUCUGAACUAGAGUAAUGUGUUAAGUUGUAAAUAAUAAUGUAAACAAACUACAAAAAAAAACAAAAAAAAAAACAGCUUUGCUUAUUAUUCUGGCCAACUGCGUUCACCCUAUCCACUCUAUGCUUACAGAGUGACUUCCAACUUUUGGACUGUAAAACAAUUUUGCAUGAUUUUAAUGAGAAGUAUUGCACACAUUAAACAGAAAUCUAUGGAUCAUAUUGUUAUAUAUCCAUUGCUCAGUAUAGUAUGUAUGUGAUCAGUGUUUCUUACUUCAGUUUCUAUUGAUUUGUUAGUAUGUUAGUGACAAGUAGAUUUUUAUAUUGUUAGCGCAGUUGGUACCUGUUGAUUCAUAUCAGUGGUCCUAUUUACACAAGCUGUAACAUGCAUUCGAUCUUAAAUAGUCAUUUCAGUGUGCUGUUGACAUGGUCUUAAUCCAUGACAUUUUAGGGGAAA